AUGGAAUCCGCUGGGCUGGUUCUCGGUGCCAUACCUCUUGUUCUCUAUGCUUUUGACAACUACGAGAGAUGUCUAGGUCAAGUCAAAGACUAUUGGAAAUACCAAUCGACACUACAAACAAUACGAACCCAUGUCUUUAUCCAAGGGGAGCAGUUGAACGUCACACUGAGCGGCAUCGGUUUGACAAGGCCAACUCGCCAGGAAUUAGAAGAGCAUUUAACAGAGAUCUAUACGAAAGCGAAAUGUGAUGAGUUUUUAAAGAUCAUUGACAGGAUGGAGGCCUUGUUGGCGAAAAUGAUGGUUAGCCUGGAUGUUGAUUCUUUGGGCAAGCCCAAGUGGACAGAUACUGCUCCCGAAAGAGCAAAUUGGGAAUGGCGAAGAGUGAAGCGAAGCUUUCGUCGAAAGGAGCGCCAAGCCUUUAUUGAUGAAAUUCGGUACUGGAACGAGUGUCUCAAAAAUGUUUUUGAGAAAACUGAAAUACCUUCAGAUGAAUCAGAUCAACUUGCGGAAAGGUUACAGGCCCGCUACAACCAAAGAGAGUGUGACAGAAUCAGAGAGAACGUACGUUUAGUUCAUAAAGCUCUUCAGUCUGUUGGAUGGACUUGCCAUUGCGCUGAACAUUGGGGAAGUAUACGCCUUUGCUGGCAUAUGGAGAAGACCAUCACAUCCGAAAAGCUGGACUUUUGCUUCUCUUCGCCUCAGAGUUCGAUAUCUUGGCAGUCUAUCCACAUCCGAGUGGAAGAAAAGGAUAAGCUGAAUCCACAAUCUCAAUGGAGCCCGCGAAUUAUCUCGCCUGGAGUCUCACCUCAGAUGCCUCACACGCCAUCACCCAAAAGGCAAAAGUUCAAAGAAAUGCUUGGUCUAUCGCAAAAGUCACCAGAGUGCCUCAUGACGCCGGACACAGCAGUUACCGCGACAUCGUCGGCCGAAACAUUAGUUUCUGAGGAAAUAGCCUGCAUGUGCCAAUUUAUCAAUAACCUGAAAGACGCAAAACGGGGCGUUGUGCAACUGUCAGAUGAUGAUAAGAGGCUAGUUGUCUUGGAAAACGUCGACAACGUAGGGAAAACAACAGAAACCGUCCAUCUUAAGACGCUACUAAAACCCAAGACGAAUCCGGUACGACUGCCACAUCUUGUACUCUCUCGGAAGCAGAGGCUUGCUAUCGCUGCAGCGUCCAGUUGGGCAGUGCUGUACCUUUGCGGCUCACCAUGGAUUGAUGAUGACUGGGAUGGGAAGAACCAUCUCCAAUUGUUCCUGGAAGAGGCACAGGGUACCGGAUCAGCAUUAUUGCAGGCAGACUAUCCCAGCAUCUCGCAGCUAUUUAAACCACUAUCACAGCGGUCAUCUUCAGGGCCUAUGAACCCCGUCACAGACUUCCAAAACAGCCAAAUACGCAACAAGACACUGUUCAGUUUGGGCAUCCUACUCGUUGAGCUAUGUCUGAAUAAAACCCUCGGCCAACUCCGUCUAGAGCUUCAAGCCAACGACUUCGCUGCUUCCCUCGGCGUACUAUCCCCAGAGCCUACCGAUUUCGAGGUUGCGAACAGAUUGACGGAAGAUAUAUACUUGGAGGCAGGACAUUCAUAUGGAUAUGCGGUGCAAAGAUGUCUGCGGUGCGAGUUUCCAGGGCGUGAUGUGACAAAGGAUUUCGAGUUUCAGCCGUUUCGCCGACACUUUUUCAAUGGGGUUGUGGCACCUAUCCAGGCAACUUUUGAGAUGCAGCCGGCUUCUUUGUUGAAUCACUGA